AUGGAAUCAUUCAUCCACCAUUGGAUCUUGAUCACCAAAAUUCCAACCUACAAAUCAUUCCGACGCAGCACCGGCACCCCCAAAACCCUCGAACAAACAACAGAACAAACCCCGCCCCUAAAGCCGACGGAAGUCUUAAUCCGCAUCCAUGCCGUCUCCCUCAACUACAGAGACGUCGCAAUGAUGGACGGCAAGUACCCGAUGGAGACUGCGCCGCCUGAGGUAGUUGAGAUCGACAGCGAAGUGCACGAUUUCAAGAUCGGGGAUCACGUUGUGCCUAUUUUCGAUCUGGACAACAUGAACGGCACGGAAGACACCAAGCGAAUGCUGGGCGGUGAUGUUGACGGGGUGCUGAGAGAGUAUGCGGUUUUUGAGCAGGAUGCCUUGCUGCAACUGCCGAAACAUCCGUCCUGGGAAGAGGCGGCGUGUAUAACAUGUGCCGGAACAACCGCAUGGACAGCGCUAGAUAUGCCCCGAUCCAAAGGCACAGCCCUACUUCAAGGAACCGGCGGCGUAAGCAUGUUCGGACUCCUCAUCUGCCUGGCAGCCGACAUCCGCCCCAUCAUCACAUCCUCCUCGGACCAGAAACUAGACCUUGCGUUGUCUGCGGGCAAACCUGGAUCCAUCGAUACAAUCAACUACCGAACCCAUCCGCAGUGGGAGGAAGAGGUCCACCGCCUCACGAAUGGCCGGGGGGUCGAUGUCGUGGUCGAGAGUGUAGGUGUUACCACUAUGGCUCGGAGUCUGGCUUCGCUGGCUCGGCGAGGAACCGUUUCUGUGGUUGGGUUUUUGGGUGGGUUUGAUGUUGAUCGGUAUCCGGAUACGAUUUUGCCGGUUUUGAUCAAGAGUGCUACGAUCAGGGGUAUUGCUGUUGGAUCAAAGGUGGAUCAGCAGAACCUGUGUGACUUUUUGACGGAAAAGAAGGUUGGAUUGAAGCCUCUUUUGGAUGAGACGGUUUUCUCUUUCGAGGACUCGCAGGCUGCUUUUGAUGAUCUUUAUGCUGCUAAGCAUACGGGCAGGGUGGUCAUUAGAAUGUGA